UGAGGAGCGACGCGUUACCGCUCAGCGACGCCGCUCCCAGACCAGGCUUCCGAACAAAUCCUUCGCGGGAUCGAAUUGGCUGUUCGGCAGUCAUCCGCACCGCGGCCCGCUUGCGGUCAGAGGAAUCAGGGCCCUAUCCGGCCGCCGUAGCCACCUCUCUGUAGGGGGCGGGGCCAAGGCCGGGGUCACCCCGCCGGAGCCACCUCUGCCAGCAGCAUGUUCAAGGUAAUUCAGAGGUCUGUGGGGCCAGCCAGCCUGAGUCUGCUCACCUUCAGAGUCUAUGCAUCACCUAAAAAGGACUCACCUCACAAAACUUCUGUGAAAGUUAAUGAGCUUUCACUCUACUCCGUCCCUGAGGGUCAAUCUAAAUAUGUGGAGGAGCCAAGGACCCCACUUGAAGAAAGCAUUUCACAUCUCCGACAUUACUGCGAGCCAUAUACAAGUUGGUGUCAGGAAAUGUACUCACAAACUAAGCCCAGGAUGCAGAGCUUGGUUCAAUGGGGGUUAGGCAGCUAUGAAUAUCUCCAAAAUGCACCUCCUGGUUUUUUUCCAAGACUUGGUGUUAUUGGUUUUGCUGGCAUUGUUGGACUUCUUUUGGCUAGAGGUUCAAAAAUAAAGAAGCUGGUGUAUCCACCUGGAUUCAUGGGACUUGCUGCCUCUCUUUAUUAUCCACAACAAGCCAUCGUAUUUGUCCAGGUCAGUGGGGAGAAAUUAUAUGACUGGGGUUUACGAGGAUACAUAGUCGUAGAAGAUUUGUGGAAGGAGAACUUUCAAAAGCCAGGAAAUGUGAAGAAUUCACCUGGAAAUAAAUAGAAUGCUCCAUGCUCUGCCCAUUUUAAUCAGUUAUAGGUAAACAUUGGAAACUCCAUGCAGUAAACCAGUAUUUCUACAGAAAAAUGGCAGAGAAGUCAGUACUGAAUAUAGUAAAUUGGCUUUCUUCUUCAGGACAAACUAUACUAGGCUUCUUUGUUAUCUUGGGUGAUGCCAUACUGCAAGUGGACUAAUCGGAAAUCCUUUCACCUAGAGAUAAUGUCUAGCCUUAGAACUCCUCAUUCUCAAGUUGCUAUUUAUGUACAUAAUUAAAAU